UACCGUCUGGUGACAGCUGGCGGGCUUCCUGCAGCUUUUGGCUAAUCAGGCAUUAGCACGAAUGUCAUUACCUGCAGGAGAAGAGAUAUUAUUAGGCCUAACGCACCAGUAUGCAAUGCGGCCUUAAGCCGAUUAAGAGGUUACCGAAUUGAGGGCGACUCAGCUGCGUCCUUGAGCGAGGGAGAGAGACGGAGGAGAAGGAGCGAGACACAGAGGCGCCGGAGGAAGACAGCGGGAGACACAGCGAGACCGAAGGAGACAUGACACGGAGGUGCACGUUUUGAAACACUAAGACAAGAGCAACGAAGCAAAGUGUGAGACAUUGAGGACGCCACGAUGCUGCUGGUGCUGCUGAUGCUGGGCGUCUUUGCUGGGCGCCUCGGGGGUUCCGCGGUGAACGACACCUGCCUGCUGGGAUGCACCUGCACCAGCGAGGGCACCGACAGGAGCAUCCUCUGCAUGGCGUUCAAGGACCGGCACAUCCCAGCCUGGCUGCCAGCGGACGUAACCAAACUCCGCGUGGAGAACUCCCCUCUGGCCGAGAUCCCGAACCAGGCCUUCUCCUCCGCCCCGGACCUGCACUCGCUGUGGCUCAACUUCAACAACAUCACGCUCAUCGAGGCCGGCGGCCUGGAGGGUCUGGGCCGGCUCAGCGAGCUACGGCUGCGCGGCAACCGCCUGCGCAGCCUGCCCUGGACCGCGUUCCGCCACACGCCGCGACUUCGUCUCCUGGACCUGCGUCUCAACCGCCUGGACGCGCUCCCAGAGCACGCGCUGAGCUUCCUCAGUGGCCUCGCGUAUCUCGACCUCUCCUCCAACAAGCUGAGCGUGGCUUCCAGCGCCGUCUUUGCCGAGUGGCCCAUCAAAGCCGCGCCGGUGGCCGGGGUCGGUGGUAGCGCGGGCGUUGCCGGUGGCGGCGGCGGCGUCUCCGGCAGUGGUAGCGAGAGCGCCGUCAGCGGCAGCAGCGUCGUGCUGGCUCUGCACGACAACCCGUGGAUGUGCGACUGUCGCCUGCGCGGGUUGGUGGAGUUCGUGCGUAAAGCGCAACCGCCCGUCAUCCUCAUGAACUCUUACAUCACGUGCGCGGGCCCCGAGCUGCGCGCGGGACUUUUCUUCCACGACCUGCGCCUGAGUCCGUGCUCGAGGCCCUCGGUCUCCCUGGACAAGGGCAACGCGACCGUGGCCGUGGGCCGAGAGGUGUCGGUGCGAUGCACGGCCACGGGCAGGCCACUGCCCACCGUGGCCUGGAGCUACCAGACGACAAACGCGCGCCGCCUGCAGGCCUCCGUUGUGCAGGCGGACGAGGAGACGCUGCUGUCCACGCUGCGCGUCGCGCCCGUGCUCCCGUCGGACGCGGGUCUCUACGCGUGCUCCGCCUCCAGCUUCGCGGGCGACGCGCGGGCCGGCUUCUCCCUCGCCGUGGCCGUGGCCCCCCGCGAGGCCGGGCCGCCGGCCCCGCCGGCACCUCCGCCCGCGAGGAGGUCGCGUCCGGACCACCGCGGCCACCUCGGCCCCGCGGGCAGAACGCGCCUGGACCUGCGCGUGUCCAAGCAGGGCGCGCGCGCCGUCACCCUCGCCUGGACUUGCGUCAGAAUCGGCGGCGGCGGCGGCUUCGACGCCGGCGGCGACGAACGCGAGGACGUCUGGUUCUCUCUCCACUACGGCCCGGCGGACUCGACCACCAAGGAGCUGGUGUACAUCGGGCCGGGCGUGAGCACGUACUCGCUGAGCGACCUGCGGCCCGUGACCAAGUACGAGGCGUGCGUGCUGGUGCGCGACGCGGCGCCGGCGUCGCGGCACGGCCAGUGCGUGACGUUCGUGACGGGCAGCGAGGAGUCGAGCGAGAUGGAGCAGCGCGAGAAGCUCAUCCACGUGGUGGUGGUCGUGAGCGCCAUGCUGCUCAUCGUGCCCGCGGGCAUCUUCGCGUGCACGUGGGACGCGCGCGCUCCCGCCGCGUGCCGCUGCGCGCCACCCGGCUGCUCGUGCUGCGGCCGGAGGUCGCUCAGCACGGGGGUCAACCUCGCGCAGAGUCGCAUGGGCGAUGGUGGUGUGGGAAAGAGCGGCGGUCGCAAGAUGAAGAAGGCACGCGGGGCCCGCUGGAGUCGGGACGAGGAGGAGGGUGGUGGAGGAAGAGGAGGUGGAGGAGUCGGAGGCACGGCGGUAGAAGCCAACGCGAUCCCCUUCGACAGCCUGCAAGCGGCGAGCGACACGGAGCUCUGUCGCAAGGAACACGCCGAGCAGACGCUGGAAGGAGGCAGAACCAAGGUGGUUGUCGAGGGAGCCUCAACUCGUAGCUUUGGCCACCAGCGGGAGGGCCAAGGCACCCCCUGCCUGCCCCACGCUCGUUACGCUGCUGGUGGAGGCCCGCCCAAGGCUUCAUCUCACGGUCGUGGGACGUGACAAUCCCACCCAGCUCCUACAUCGCGAGAGCCAAUUUCAUCGCCCCGUCUCCGAGGAGCCAUGCGUGGUCGCUCCGUUGGUGCGGACGUUCAUCUUGGCCACCGCCAUCCACCUCCGUGUGGCGUGUCCCGCCCAGGUCCACGUGCGCUCAACAGUCAACACGAUGACUCUUAACGUGCGUAUGAACCCCUGUUCCGUGUGACACUCUUGCCGCAUGUAGACUGUUCUCCUAUAACGCCUGCUUUCACAACGCGAUGAAUGUAUUAAGGCAACACAUUUUUCGAAUAGAUACAACGAAUUUGAUAUCACGCGAUCAAGUGAACGGAACUACGCGGUUUGUACGGCUGCCUUGGCGUCACGUGACACGAGGCGGGAUGCUGCUGGAUGCUUCGAGGCGCUACCCACGCGCCUCUUUGUUCAGCCUGCGUACGCAUCUCACGCGUUAUCGCGGAAUGUACUUGAUCCUAUAUAAUAUUUGUUAUUUAUUAUAACGCGAUUUUUCCAUCACGCGGUGUUCUUCAGGAACACAGCAACUACCGCGUUAUUGGAGAACAGGCCGUAUGUGUGUAUAUUUGUACGUACUCCGUUUUGUCUCUUCACGAAUACACAAGCGAAUACUGCUGUCGUUACGCAAGUCAGUCGGUUAGCUUUUACCAAACCAGUGCUGGGUGGACGCCUCUCCCCACCGUGCCGGCCGUGGGGGUUGUUUGACCAUACUUCACUCGCGCUGGCCAAGGCGGGUUGGAGAGUUGAGGGGCCCAGCACUGGUUCGUAUGUACGGAUGUUGAACUUCUUUCCUACCGUACGCAGCCGACCGUGCUAGUGAUAUGACUCACCACGGAUAUUAAGCCGUGGCUGAGAAUCAUACUAAGGUCAUCGGGUUCUUGGUGCAGUGCGCUAACCCUCCAACACAUGCACACACCCACACCCAUCAACACACAUAUACAAAGACAAAGAUCUCCCGUACAUAAUUAACGA